CUCCACUAAACAGUUACACAGGGCUCUCAAGUUUUGAAGACAGGCAAGAGUGACAUUCCCCCCCCUCCUCGGAUAUUAGUCAGUCGCCCAUUUCUUUUUUUGGAUUGGCUGACAAGUGGCUCCUCAAAAGCAGAACUCCAGGGGAGCGCUUGAUUCCACCACGGUGAGGGCAGCGCGGCCAGCUCAUGUUGGCGCGCUGCGGCACAUUAAAACAUUAAAUAGCCGAGAGUUUUUUUCAGCGUGAGAAAUACGAUGCGUGGCGGGAGUGCGUGACUUAAGACCGAAAUGCGUGAGUCUCACGCUCAACGCGUGACACUUGAGAUCCCUGGUUACAUGUGUUCCACUCGACUGCAGUCUCCACAGGGCAUGUUGGACUUCAGCUGUGGAUUCGAGCCGAGGAGGGGUGUAAAGUCUGGAAAACAGUAAACAGACUUUUUUUCAUCCAGUGUUUGCCGAGCGACCGUCGGCGUCACUUGUUUUGAUAUCUUCAGCACAGAGAACGCGCAACGCCGCAGCAAUGGCGACCUUUGAUGACCUGCUGGAGGAGGCCGGGGCUUUCGGACGCUGCCAGCGGCGCGUCUUCGCCCUGCUGUGUCUGGUGUCGUUACCUUUUGCGGGCGUGUACGUCGGCACCGUCUUCCAGGGUUUCACCCCGGAUCACUGGUGCCGGGACCCCGCGGUGGCGGAGAGAAGGCAGGCGUGCGGCUGGAGCCUGGCGGAGAGUCGCAGGCUGACGGUGCCUCUGGUCAACGGCUCCGGGGUGCCGCGGCUGAGCAGCUGCGAGCAGUACGAGGUGGACUGGAACGCCACGGAGCUCACCUGCGACACGCAGGAACUGGACCUCAGUGAGGUCCCAGUUACCGAGUGCAAGAACGGCUGGGAGUAUCAGUAUGAAGGCAGGAAGUCCCUUGUCACAGAGUUUAACCUGGUGUGUUCAGAUGGAUGGUUUGUGGACAUGAACCAGUCCACUCUCAAUUUGGGCUUCCUUUUUGGCAGCUUUGCUUUUGGUUUCUUUGCUGACAGGUUUGGCAGGAAGAUCAGUAUAAUAAUCUCCAGCCUCCUGAACGCCAUCGCAGGCAUCGCUGUGGCUUUGGCUCCAACCUACGUCUCCAUCCUGGUGCUGAGGGCCGUCGUUGGCUUCGCAGCCAAAGGAGGCUGGAUGUCCUCCUACGUGCUGCUCACAGAGAUAGUCGGAGUGGAGUACAGACGGACGGUGGGCAUUCUGUUCCAGAUGUUCUUCAGCGUCGGCGUCCUCAUCCUCCCCCUGCUGGCCUACUUCAUCACCGACUGGCGCUGGCUGCAGGUUGUCAUCACCGCCCCCUACAUCCUCUUCCUGUCCUACUACUGGUUCAUCCCGGAGUCUCCGAGGUGGCUCGUCUGUCAGAACAAGUCUUCCAAAGCGCUGGAGAUCACUGAAGCGAUGGCCAAGGAGAACAAGAGGAAACUCAAGAACUUUGUGACGCUGACGGAUGUGGAGGGUGACUCCUCCUCCGCCUCUCUGCUGGACCUGGUCAGAACUCCAAACAUGAGGAAACACACUUUCAUCCUCAUGUUCAACUGGUUCACCACCGCGGUGGUUUAUCAAGGCCUCAUCCUGCGGGUGGGGAUAACAGGAGGAAACAUCUACGUCGACUUCCUCAUCUCCGCCCUGGUGGAGUUCCCCGCCGCCUUCCUCAUCCUCUUCACCAUCGAACGCGUGGGCAGGCGCCUUCCCUUCUCCUCCGCCAACAUCGUAGCCGGAGCCGCCUGCCUCGUCACCGCCUUCAUCCCUGACCACUUGAUCUGGUUGAAGACGGCGGUGGCCUGCAUCGGUCGGCUGGGCAUCACCAUGGCCUUCGAGAUGGUGGUGUUCGUGAACACCGAGCUCUACCCGACGUACAUCAGGAACCUGGGCGUGUCGGUCUGCUCCACCCUGUGUGACGUCGGCGGCAUCGUCUCUCCCUUCCUGCUCUACCGACUGUCGGCCAUCUGGCUGGAGCUGCCGCUCAUCAUCUUCGGCGUGGUCGCGCUCAUAGCUGGGGUUUUGGUGUUGUUCCUGCCUGAAACCAGAGGACUUCCUCUCCCUGAGACCAUUGACGAUGUCGAGUUUCCUAGCAGGAAAAAAGAGGAUGUGGUGGUGUAAAGCAGAGCUCGACUGCAUGUAUCGACUCAACAUAUAUAAACUUGGGAGGACAAAAACACUGGAUGCAAGUUUGUAAGAAUGGUACUCAAGCGCUUUAUUAUCUGCAGGUGCAUCAGCUUAUAUAGACCGUGGUCACAUGACACGCACACCUGAAAUGUAUAAACUAUAAUUGGGAGCACAAUCAGUCUCAAUUAACACCCCCACUUGAUCACACAUUAUUGACAACCAGGCACGUGCACAGAUAGAGCCCUAGUGGUGCUCAAGCACCAGCCCCUUUUGCCCUGGAUGAAAAGAGUGCCCUUUUUGGUCGAGACACUUUUUUUUUAUUCAUCCGUAUUUAAGAAUAAAAGUUACUCUCUGUCAUAAACUCCCCCCAAAUGUGAUUUGAUAUCCGACGGGGCAUUUAUCUGAGUUCUUGUCAGAAUUUCACCCCGACAUGCUCCGCGGCGCUCACGAGAGCCCCCUCCCCCCGCCCCUCCCUCCUCCUCCUCCACUUAGUGCUCGCGCAGUGCUCCUCGCGCCACCAAACGGGUGCACCUCCUUCUCCUCUGACCCACAGCAUCAGACACACAGGUCAUGACGGUGUUUGUCCCCUGACGUUGUUUUGUGAUAAAUCAACAUUAGCGCUGCUGAAAACAUGAUGUCACAACUGGUCCGACGUUUCCUAAAAAAAAUUAAAAACAAAAACUCAGAAAUCCAUGAUUUCAAAGCUUUGUCCAGCUGUUUACUGAUGUCAUGUUUGAGUGAGAGAGAGAGAGAAUAUUUUUUGUGUUGUAUAAAUGCUGUUUAGACAAUUUUGAAAGUAUGUUUAUAAAUGUCACGAGAAUUCACAGCCAGAAAAUAGGAGCUAAACUAUUCUAACAAUGCUAGCUCUCGGUGUCAUGCUAUCCUUGUGCCUCAUUGUUUUAUGUGUUAUGUAUCUCUUUGUUUUGUCUGUUCCUGUCUUACAACAAUCAAUCUUGUCGAAAACGGACAACACGGUUCAGCUAAUAGUUUUAAUUUACAGUAAAGUAACAACACAAGUGAUCCAAACUAUAGUUUCUCCUCAUCACUUUCAAUAACACAUUUUCGCUGCUUCUGAAUUUCCUCUUGUCUGUUGAUGUCUAUCAAUAUCUCUCAUUUUGAAAAUGAGGUCAGAGGGCAAUACGGAUCUGUAUCAGACCAGCGAGGAGGGCAAUACGUGGCUGGCAUGACGGACCAUUAUCCAAUCAGAACACUUGUACUGUUGUUGCCAUAUAAUAAUUCAUCUUUAUUCAUAAAGAAAAUGUAAGAUAGCUGUCUGAUGCUGCCCAGAGGAAAUGAAGGUCGAGGACAGCAUCAUCAGUGUAUUGCUGCUUAUGCUUCAACUCUGUCCGAAAAAAUUUUUUGGCAAUGGGUGCCCUUUUUUUAGGUUUGAGCACCUGCCCCCCAACAUGUCUGUGCACGUGCCUGUUGACAACCAUAAAUCAUACAAACAAAACCAAACAAGACAAACAAACAUGGAAGCCAACUGCAAUUAACUGGCCAUACCCCAAACAGGAACAUGGAAAAAGUAAGUAGCUUUGCUUUAGUAGCUGGUUUUGUCAUUAAGUCAGCUACCAUCUGGUCUGUUGGGCAAUACUUCAAACAUACUUUACAGUCAUUAACAGUCGAUCUCACAAAAUGGUAUUUUAUAUCAAUGUGCUUACAUCGCUGUCUGCUGACUGGAUUCUUGGCUAAUGCAAUUGUACCUUGGUUAUCUUCAAAAAUCGUAGGUACGUCGUACAGACAGUCAUCAAGAUGUUCAAGCAGUUGAGAUAAGUACAGACCCUCUUGUGUGGUGGCGGCCAACGCCAUGUACUCUGCCUCACAGGUUGGAAGUGCUACAGUUGGCUGCUUCUUGGUCUUCCAGGAAAUCAUCGGACCGUUCUCACUCAGACCAACACAAUAACCAGUUGUACUGCGUCGGUCAGUUGCAUCACCUGCCCAAUCUGCAUCACUGUAAGCAAACAACCUCAGCCCAUCACAUUUUCUGUUGCACAACUUUUUGUCAUCUGUGCCCUUCAAGUAUUUCAGUACAUGCUAAACAGUUGUCCACUGCUCUUGGCUGUACCGCUGUUGACCACGCUGACAGUCUCUUAUCUUGUGACCUCUCUGGCCACAACGGAAACACACAAUGCCCUCGCUCUCGGUGCUGGGGCAGCUCUUCUUGUCGUCGGCCUCAGCUGUGCGCAUACUUUCAGUGCUCUCAUAACUGCGCAACUUAGUCUUGAACUCCGCAAAAGAGUCAUCACUUUGAGUGACAAAAAUGGAAAAAGGCUUAAAUGAUUCUGGCAGCCCCUUCAAAAUCAUUGCAACCAAUAGUCCAUCGCUUAAGAUCUCUCCAGCAUUACGCAGUGCUGUGAUUGAAGUCUCGGCGCGUAUGACAUAAUCAAUCACACUCUCACUACUCGUCUUUUGCAAAGAAGUCAGUUCUGUAUACAGGCAUACAAUGCGGGGCUUACCCUUGCCUGCAUAAUAGUCGCGCAAAAUCCUGAGCGCUCCACGCCCGUCAUCCGCUGCCUCUCGCAUGACCAGAGACAAACUUUUGUCAUCAAGGAAUUGGAUUAGUUCCGCGUAUGCUUCCUCGUUCUUCGCCGCAUCCUCAGCCAGUGCGUUUUCUUCCGCGCCAUCGGCGGGCCGAUUUAAAAUGGUGUCCUUCAAUUUCUGCAACCGCAGAUGGCCCAAAAACUUAGUCUCCCACAGUUCAUGGUUCUUUUCGUCUCCGUCAAACACGAGACGAGACCAACGUGAAGUCGUACGUUCGCUCAUGGUGCUGGCACUCCAAUCCGUGAGACACGCGUUCAAACGUGCAUACAAACAAAUGUCUCUCUGUGGCUACUCACAAACGUCUGGGCCCAUAACCUGUUAAGCAGAGCUUGAUGUAUCGACUCAACAUAUAUAAACUUGGGAGGACAAAACCACUGGAUGCAAGUUUGUAAGUAUGGUACUCAAGCGCUUUAUUAUCUGCAGGUGCAUCAGCUUAUAUAGACCGUGGUCACAUGACACGCACACCUGAAAUGUAAAAACAAUAAUUGGGAGCACAAUCAGUCUCAAUUAACAGGUGGAGAGCUAACAAAUGAUGAAGAUACCUUUAAAAACAGAGCUGACCAACAACAAGGAAGCAACAACUGUGUGAGUGUGUGUGUGUGGACUUAUUUACUGUAAUACAACAAAACUAAGAAGGUUUUUUUAAUAAACAUGUCCUAUCAAUCAUGA